AUGACCUCAAUUCAAAUUCUCGACGGCGGCCUGGGGACCUCCCUCCAGGACCAACACGGCGUCACCUUCGACUCCUCCACCCCUCUCUGGGCCUCUCACCUCCUCGUCUCCGACCCCACCACUCUCCUCGCCUGCCAGCGCAACUUCGUAACAGCGGGCAGCGACGUCCUCCUGACAGCCACAUACCAAGUGUCCAUCGAAGGCUUCGCACGCACCAAGACCACCGAGUUUCCCACCGGCAUCCCCCGCAACGCUAUAGGACAAUACCUACGAACCGCACUGGACGUCGCCGAGCAAGCGCGGGGCGCAUCCGCCGCCAAAAUCGCACUGAGCCUGGGCCCGUACGGCGCAUGCAUGAUCCCGGGACAGGAAUACAGCGGGCGCUACGAUGCGGAGCACGAUAGCGAAGAGACCCUAUUCCAAUGGCAUCUGGAGCGCCUACGGCUGUUUCUUGAGGCGGAUGAGAGACUGCCCGAGAGAGUGCAGUAUGUGGCGUUCGAGACGCUGCCGCGGCUGGACGAGAUUCGUGCGGUGAGGAGGGCGAUCCGCGCGGCGGGCAUGGAUGUUCCGUUCUGGGUGGCGUGUGUUUUUCCCGGGGAGGAGGCUACGUUGCCGGAUGGGAGUUCUAUCGAGCAGGUUGUGCGGGCUGCGGUCGCGGAGAUGGACGGUGCGGCGGUGCCGUGGGGAUUGGGCGUCAAUUGUACCAAGAUCUAUAAGCUGGCCGGGUUGGUACGUGAGUUUGGCGAGGAGGUAGCCGGUGCUGUUGGCAAGAGUCGGGUAGGGGGUGUUCCGAGUCUGGUGCUGUAUCCGGAUGGCACCAAUGGAGAGGUUUACAACACGACUACGCAGACGUGGGAGAAGCCGGAAGGAUUUACAAGUUGCGAAAGUGCUCCGUGGGAGUCUCAACUGGCGCAGAUUGUCACCGAUGCUCGCGCACAGGGUCCCUUCACUUCGUUCCUGGUCGGAGGCUGCUGCAAAGCCUCUCAUACCGAUAUUCGAAAGCUGGCCGAGCAGCUCAAAACCGAGUAG